GUAACGCGUUGUUUGCAGUUGCGUCGCCAUAUUGUAUAUUUAACGCGGGUUUACUGGCGCGUGUAUGGGCUUUCUGUAACAUUUUCUAUCGAAUUAAAGCGCGUGGAUUAAAAACCGUCGUUGAAUAUCACGCGCAAUGGAUCCGGAAAAAUUGAAAGUGGUCGAAUUAAGGACAGAACUUUCACAGCGUGGACUCGAUACGAAAGGCAUCAAGUCAGUGCUCGUUGAAAGACUUCGUAAAGCAUUACAAGAAGAAAAUGCGAGUCAAGAGGACGAAGGUAGAGCAAAUGUCAAUGCUGAGAACAUACACGACACAGCAAAUCAAGAUAAUGAUGAAAAAUCAGAGUCAGCGAAGGUACCACAGACCCCGAAAAAAUCCAGUAGACUGUCUAAAAGUGCUGUGACAGUAACACCUCGCGAAACUCCUAGCACAAAGAAACGAAGGACCUCUAGGGUUUCUUCAUAUUCCUCUAGGAAACGAACAUCUCCAAAAAAAUCGGAUCAAAAUGAUAUGUCCCGCGAAUCGUCGCCUACAAUAUCAGAACCUGCUUUGCAUGAAGAACCCAUUAUACCAGAGGAACCUAUGCAAGAAGAAAUUUCUUCUCAAGUAGAAAAAUCCGAUUCUUUGGAGAGAAUUGAUGAAGUAGAGGUGAAAGAUCCACUGCUAGAUGCAGAAAAUGAAAGUUCAGAUGUAAAAGAAGUUGUGAAAGAUACAGAUGAAACAAAAAGUAGCAAAGUUGAAGCGGAAAGUACACAAGUACGAAAUGUAAAGUCACCUGCGAAGUCUACGGUCACUGAAAAUUUGUCGCCGAAGAAAUCUGCUGUCAAUGAUAAUUUGUCUCCGAAGAAAUCUACUAUCAAUGAAAAUUUAUCUCCAAAGAAGUCUACUGUCAAUGAAAAUUUGUCUCCAAAGAAAUCUAUCGUCAAUGAAAAUCUAUCUCCGAAGAAGUCUACUGUCAAUGAAAAUUUAUCUCCGAAGAAGUCUACCGUCAAUGAAAAUUUGUCUCCAAAACAGUCUACUGUCAUUGAAAAUUUAUCUCCGAAGAAGUCUACUGUCAAUGAAAAUUUAUCUCCAAAAAGAUCUAUUGUUGCAGAGAAUUUGUCUCCGAAGAAGUUACAAGAAAAUAGAGAUGAAACAGAUAAACAUCAACAGCCUGUAGAGGCUACUUCAAUAAAAGAAGUGGAAUGUACAGAGACAUUGGAAGAGAGUAAACAUAGCGAAGUGAAUGUAAUAAAAAAUGAUGAAUCAGAAACAGUUACAAAAGAAAGUAAUAUAGACAGUGUCGAAGAAAAAAUCAUUGACAAUGACAAAUCAAACGUAGAAACAACGGACAAUGUGCAAACCGUAGAACCUAUUAGUAAUGUUAAGACUAGUGACAUUCCUAAAACAGAUGCAAUAACAGACGAUUUGCUCGAUCAAAAUAUUGAUGACGACGAAGACGAUGAUUCUAAACCUGAAUAUAUUUCGAUUGAAGAUGAAAAUAUGUUAUUAGGUGACGAUAAAGAAACUGAUGAUAUCAGUGAUAAUAAGCAGGAUGAACAGGAUGUAGAAAUGGACGAAGCAAAAGCUGAAGAAGAUACAGAUACAGAUAUGAAGGAUCAAGAUAAGAAUGAUACUGAAGGGGACAGGAAAAGGAAAAGAUCACCCAGUCCUAUCGAAGAGCGCGCAGAUUCACCGGCAAUGGAAAUAGUUGAAAAUGAACCCGAAAUCGAUGAUACUGCUUUGACUUUAUCGUGGUAUGAUUCGGAUUUAAACCUUGUUAUUGACAAAGAGGGAUUUUUUAUGGCUACACCUAUGCAUAAUGAUGGCUUUUUACACAUGUGGGCUGGUGCAAGAGCUUCGUACGGUUUUCUUCAUGGAAAAGUUUAUUAUGAAGCUAAAAUAGUUGAUCUCUGUCCCAUUGAUGCAGAAAACGAGGAAAAUCCGUACAUACUUAGAGUUGGUUGGUCUACUCUGUAUACGUCGAUGCAACUAGGAGAAGAAAAAUUCAGUUUCGGUUACAGUAGUAUUGGAAAGAAAUUGACAAAUAAUCAGUUCGAAGACUAUGGACUUCAGUUUGGCAAAGAUGAUGUUAUCGGAUGUUACCUCGAUGCAACAUCCGAGGAUAACAUUGUUUUAUCUUAUACUGUGAAUGGGAAAGAUCAAGGAUCUGCAUUUAAUAUCAUUAAAGCAGAGCUUUACGACAAGCCAUUGUUUCCGCACAUCCUGAGUAAAAAUUGCAGCUUCGCUUGUAACUUUGGCCAAGAAAGACCGUGGGCCGAAGAAGUUUUGGAGGAUUAUAUUUCAAUUGGCAAUAUGGAUUCUCAAUCAAAAAUCCCUGGUCCACGGAGACCAACCAACAAAGAGGAAUGCGAAGUAAUAAUGAUGUGCGGAUUACCAGCUUGUGGGAAAACAACUUGGGCAACGAUACAUGCUGCUGAACACCCUCACAAAAUGUACAAUAUUCUAGGACUUGGUAGCUUAAUCGACAAAAUCAAAGACGCAGAUUUGUCUCACAAAGAGAACAACAAUGAUCAAUGGGAAGUCCUUGUCGACAAGUGUACACGCGCGUUAGAUAAAUUACUGGAAAUGGCUCCAACUAGAAGGCGCAAUUACAUAUUAGAUCAGGCUAAUGUAUACCCUUCUGCACAAAGACGCAAAAUGAAGACCUUCUGUGGAUAUCAAAGAAAAGCGAUAGUAUUGGUACCAUCUGAAGAAGAAUACAAAUCACGCGUUGUUAAGCACAAACCGGUUGAAGGCAAAGAACUUACUGAAUCAAUGUUGAUGGAAAUGAAAGCAAAGUUUAGAGCUCCGGUCAUCGGCGAGUCUUUUGAUGCAGUCGACUGGAUCGAACUCAGCCGAGAAGAUGGUGACAAAAUUAUAGCAAAGUACAACAAAGAAGCAAAAGAAGCUGGUUAUGGACUGCAACAGAGUAAACGUCCGCGAGUAGAAGAAAGACCAGAGAACUCUCGAGACAAUCGUAACACGCGACACAACCGUGACAACCGUGAUAGAGAUUAUCGCGACAGACGAGGCAACAAUUAUUCAGAUAGAAAUCGAAAUCCUGGCUGGCGAGGCGGUAGCAAUAUGGGUUGGAGAGACAGACCUCAAAGGAGUGGUCAUAUGAGGCACGGAGGAGGAUAUGGUCCAUGGAGAGGACGAGGUGCACCCAUACCGCUUGUACAUCGUGGGAUGGACAGAAGAGGCAAUAUGGAUAGACGAAUGGGGAAUGAUAGAGGUCGAGCAUUGGUUUCCCGGCAGGGUGGUUGGGCUCCAAUGGGAAAUUAUUCAGGAUCACAACAAUCAUGGAAUCAACAAAGCAAUUGGCAGAGUGGUAGUCAGAGCAGUCAAGGAUGGGGGGGACAAAAUAAUUGGGGAUCGCAACAAUGGGGAGGAAGCUGGAAGAGCUACGGACAGAGCUCGUACAAUCAACAGGGUUACGGUAACGGAAGCUGGAAUAGUUGGAAUCAGCAGUAUUACAAUCAGUAUUGGGGCCAACAACAACAGCAGCCACAGCAACAACAGCAGUUGGGCGGUCAGACAACCACAAGUGGUGAUCAAACUGUAAACAAACAAUAAUCCACCGUGAUAAAUGUCACAAGAGUGGAACAGUGAGGCAAACACAGUGGAUAUUGUAAAAACUGCUUUAGCUGGUGAUUCCACAGUAGGAUAUAGUCUCCCUCAAAAACCGUCAGGGGUAUAUGAAAAACAAUAUGCUCCUCGUUCUGGAGUGUCUUCAUUACCAGAGACUGGUUUUGAUCUCACACGCAGAUAAAUGGACAAACUUUUCCACGACAAUAUAUUCACGAUGAUUUGUUCGUAUAUCGAACGAUAUACAAAUUCCAAAGUUAAUGCGGUAUCAUGAAUCAAGCAACAAUCUAGAUUUGUCGCGUGAAGGCACCGUUACACAUGCACCUUCAAACUCAUUUUUGCAUUGGAAAAUGCAAUAUAACGAAUCGAAUUGUAAGCAUUAUGUAAUUAUAAUUUCAGAUUGAUUUUUCUGUUGGAAGAGAAACUUCUUCGUUACAACGCAAAUGAAUUCGGAUUACGUAUGUAUCUUUUUGAACGAACAAAAGGGGGUAAUUUAUAACAGUAUAAACGUCUUGUAACGUCUUAGAACGAUAUGACCUGUUAAGAGAACAAAACGAGCAUUGCAUACGAGUAUACAAUUAAUAUGAGAAUGAUUGAAAUACUUGAAACGGUAUAUCGCUCUCGGAAAAGAAUCGUGUAAAUAUGUACAGAUUUUCAAACGUAUUGCACGGAACGUUUAUUGGAAAUCUAUUUAUACAUGUAUUAAGCGGAGUAUCAUGUAAUAAGGGGAAAAAGAAAAAAAAAUGAAACAGAUCAAAGUUCUCGACAACACACGAGAGUGAUAAUGUAUAAUGAUUUUGUCUUAUCUUUCUAUACUGACGACAGUGUUGUACAAAAAGAGAAUAUCGUGUCACGAAUAAAUUAUUAGACUUGAUUUUUACUUAUCCGCGUUUUAUUAAAUGAGUCGAAUUUUUGCAACGUUUAUAAGAGUAUAUUUCACAUUUUCCGAAUUGAAAGUUCUAUUUUGUAACUGUGUCACGUUGCUCCAUGAUCAAAAAAUAUGCGUUCGUUACCCAACGUACUUUCUCCUUCAUCGUCCUCUUCCUUUUUUUGUCGAGUUGUGCCCCGUUGUCACGUAUUUUAGCCCCCCUGCUCCCCCCAUGCAUUUCAUUUCAUUUUUAUGGCUCUCGGUUGCUCGUUGGAACGAACCCAGUUACCAGCCAAUAGUAGCUAAUCAUUCUAUAUUUUGUUCAUUUCGAUUUUAACAAUGAAAUCGUUCGCUCAUAGUUACAGGAUGAUUGUCUUUUACCUCCUUUUUUUAAAUUUUAUGUACAGCGUAUGAGACUUCGAAUUAAGGUACCUUUCUCAAUCAUAAAACGGUAUACAUUUUAUUCCUGGCAAAAUAUAUUCGAUCAAACGAGUAAAGAUAAUACUGGAAAGACGAUUAAUAUUUCCCGCGGUUUGCUUUCGGCGUGUAGCAAUAAAAUUUGUUAUUAAAGAGAAAAUGAUAAGUGUUGGUUGCAGUUGGAAACUGUUUAGUAUAAUGUCUAGAGACUAAGAGAUCUCAUGAUUGCUGUUUAAGUUCUUUGUUUUGUAUUGUGUAAAUAAUCCAAGAUAUUUAUAUUUAAUGUUUUACGUUCAACGAAUGAGUAGAUUUUUUUCUCAGACGUUCGGUGUGUUUGAUGAAAUAUUUUUUGCCAAGGGUGGUAGUUUGAAAAAGGAUAUGGUAGAAAGAAAUAGAUACGCAGAGGAUAUUACCACGAUUCGAAGUCAGCCACGAUCAAAAUGUACUAAUAAUAACGAGUUAUUGAACAAAAUUAGUUUUCUGUUUUCUCUUCCGGUCGAAUAUAGAAUAAGAGUAUCAGCAAAUUAAUAUUCGUAAUCGGAGAAUUUACUUGUUGACAAAAGUGUACAAACUUAAAUCGUAAAAAUAAAAAAUAUCUUCUAUUUA